AUGACUCGAGAAGCUCAGCGCGGCUUCAGAGGCUCCUAUGCAAAGGGAGGAAGGUCAAAAAAGAAGGGGUCAUCCAUCGAGAGUAACAAAUGGUCAGAUCUGAACGUUGACCGAGAUGAUCAGAUGGAGGAUACUUUCGAGUUUCAUAAGCCCAAGAUAGAAGAGGCGAAACGAGCCAAAGAUAUCAAAGACGCGAAAGCUUUCAAUGCUGGUGACUACAAGACAUGGAACAAAUUAAUGAACGAUGACAAUGACUUUGAAAAACCAAUCCAGAAGGAUGGAGACAAACCUUCAAAGUGA